AUGAAGUUCACCUCCGUCGUCAUCGCGGUUCUCGCCGCUGGCACCGUCCAGGCUGCCGCUACUCCUCAAACAACUCUCCCCAAGUGGUGUGGCCACAUCGGCCAGGGCUGCAAGCGGACCACCGAUGCCUCCGUCGAUGUCAAGCGCUCUGCCGAUGCUCUCGCCGAGGCCAUGGCCAAGAAUCUGCCCCUUGUCCUUCAGAAGUGGUGUGGCCACAUUGGCCAGGGCUGCUACAAGGCCAAGCGUGCCGCCGAUGCCGUCGAUGAGGUCAAGCGUACCGCCGACGCUCUCGCUUAUGCCAUGGCUGCCCUCGAGGAAGAGGAAGAGGAGUAA